AUGGCGAUUUCAGUCCUUUUGGAAAUUUUGGCGAUCCUCGAUCUUCUUGUUCAAGGCCCUUCGACUAGAUCGGUGCAGGACCCAGACUAUGCGGAAUACAUGGAGGAAAUCUUGGCACAGAUUGCAGCAAGAUUGGAAUCCCCAUUGACAACUGAGGAAAUCAGAGAGCGUCUUUUGCAAGAGCUGCGAGUCAGAAGGAGGUAUCCCAAUGAUGUUCUAAAAUUCCUUCUCCUUCAGGGCACGGAAACGAUCCAACUCGAACUUGACCGCGAGAGUAAACGGCAGAUCGAAGAGCACGUAAAGACACUUCAACGAAAAGAUCCUAUAGGAGGAGCGCAGCGGUCUCGACGCGCACGAUCCACCGUUCCGGAUGCUGCUAAGCAACAGAAAAGAGCUUCAAGCGUUGCCACCUCUGGAUCCUUGCAGAGCUCCAACGUCAGUGUAUACUCAUCAAGGAUCAACGAGAGGAAUGCGGUAUCGAAGCUGAAGAUAGCAACCAAGCGAAAACGCAAAACACAACGGGAUGACGCCAUACUAUCAAACAACCCUGUACCUAGUGCCAAAAACCCUUGCGCUUCCGAUUGUUUUCAGGCCACCGUUCCUUCAGAGGCGAUCGUAGAUCUGCCAAUUUCGACCUCAGAUGAAUCAUUGUCUGGACGACGACCACCAGUCCCUGAGACUACGAAGCGAAGCAAUGACUCAAUCGAUCCACAUGCGUCGAUUCAUGCCACUUCCAAGAGAAAAUUGUCAUCUACGGAUAUCGUCGAAUCUACUCAGGCAGUCAUGGCUUCUGAGCUAGCCUUCUAUAAGAAACGCUAUCAGAAAGUUAAAGAGGAAUGCCUCAUCCUGGAAAACCAGCGGCGACAAGUCGCAGGCCUAGGGCAACUACCGGGAGACGUAACAACAGUUCUCAAUCAAAACACCCGAAGAAUCGCAACGCUGGAGAUGAGGCUCAAAGAUCGAUCAAUUCUGGAACGGUAUUUAUCAUUCGGCAAGACCCCGAAUGUCAUGCAAAACUCACAACGACUUAUUGGUCUAUACCAAGACCUUAAAAAUAGCAUCGCUAUGGUGCUAGUUAAGAAUAGCGCCAAAGAGUAUGCUACCGGGAGCCUCCUAGGUAUCUCAGCCGACUUAGAUAGUCUUUUGUGCAGCGUGUUUGGAAUUAACACUCCUUGCAAUCUCGAGGAGAAACGAUGCAGCUUCCCGGCUUUAACAUCCUUCGAGCUUAUGCAAGCUCUGACAGGAGCUUGCAUCUACAACUGGAUUUUUGGGGCCGAGUUUCAAGCGCAUGUGAUGCGCACCACACCGCUCUUAGAAGAGUAUCGCAGCCUUAUCACUACCUGUGGUAGUCGCGAGAGUCUCUGUGACUUGGACCUCGCAGUCCACAGGUCCAUCUUAGAGAGUGAAAGCUUCAAGAAAGUUAUCAUCCCAAAGAUGGCCAGAAUGUUCAGAAAGCGCCUUACACAUACAAUCAAGCUUCUCCUCAAAAAGAAGUCUAAAAGCAAAGCGAUCAAGAAACUGCGAUCAUCGUUAAAGCCCGUGUUCACGUUGGCAGUAGAGGUUCGCGCAGAGUCCUUGCUAAGCGCCAGUAACUUCGAACUCAUAUGGCCUGUAGCAGGAUCAGCGGUCAGUGGAGCAGACAUGGAAAUGACCAGUUCAAAACCGAUUGCAGGUCCGGGAGUUGUCAAGUUGCCUCUUCUUCCAGGUCUACGUGCAUUUCCCAAAAAGAAGACGAUGGUUGGAUAUCAAGGAUUCGCACAGGAAACAUCGAUCAAACUGCCGCAAGAUUACGUAGUCAAAGCAUUAGUACUCUGUUAA